AUGACUUUGAAAUUACCUUCAGUGAUCGACUCCGACUUGGAUUCACUUUACGCUGCUGCUGAAGAUCCUGUUUUGUUCCAGAAUGCCAAUAACUUGCCCGAUGAUGCCUUAAUCAACCAUAACUUGCCACUUCCACAAGAAAUGAGUUCCAGAGCUGUCAAGCUUCCAGGUACCGCAAAACCCGGAUUCUCCGAAGUAUACAGAAAUGGUGCUCUCCCAAAUGGAUUGAAAAAAUCAAUAACAGCAGAGUUGGACACCUAUCCCAAAAUUUUUGCAUCUUCGGUCAAAAGACAAGCUGAUCAGCCAUGUUUGGCAUAUCACGAAUAUGACUACGAGAAUGAACAGCACAUGGAGAGAUAUGCAUCACUCACUUACCAACAGGUUGAUGAACGCAAGACUAACUUUAUCAACGGUUUGAUAUUUUUGUUAGAAAGUAACCCAUACAAGAAUCUUGCCUUGGAGUCACACCAAAAGAUUGUGAACCAUUCAAAGGAAUACAAAAACUACGACAAGGACAAUAUUUCGUUCAUUGUGACUUUGUACUCCGGCAACAGAGCCGAGUGGAUCCUUACUGAUUUAGGUUGUUCGGCAAAUUCGAUCACUACAACAGCAUUGUACGAUACGUUGGGUCCCGCUUCAUCUAAGUACAUUUUAGGAAUUACUCAAUCGCCAGUCGUGGUAUGCUCCAAAAGCAAGAUUGAAUCCUUGAUCAAGUUGAAAGCCGAAAACCCCAAGGAAUUAGAAUCGUUAAUCACCAUUAUUUCGAUGGAUCCAUUGAAAGUGAAUGGAAAAUCUAGCGCAUCCUUGAUCAAGCUUGCUGAGGAAAACAAGAUCAAAUUGUAUGACUUUAACCAAGCAGAAAGAAUUGGUGAAGUUUUCCCUCGAGAAGAAACAAGUCCAAACCCCGAGACCACCUUCACAUUCACUUUUACCUCAGGCACAACUGGUGCAAAUCCAAAGGGUGUUGUUUUGCUGCAACGCUCUGUUGUUAGUGCACUUUUAACUUUUGCCACCUUAUUGCCUCACAAUAAAGCAACAAAGGAGUUCUGCUUUUUACCUUUGGCUCAUAUCUUUGAAAGGCAAAUGUAUGCCACAGUAUUGCUUGUUGGUGGUGCAAUCGGGUUCCCUAGAUUAGGUGGGACUCCGCAAACGUUAUUUGAAGACUUGAAGCUCUUCAAACCCACGUUUUUUGCCUGUGUUCCUAGAAUAUUUACCAAAAUGGAGGCAGCAAUUAAGGCAGCUACUGUUGAUUCAUCGUCAAAGAUUAAUAGGACAUUGUUCUCACAAGCCAUUGAAACAAAACGUGCGAAGCAGAUGCAAAAUGAAGAUAGAGGAGAUCAUUUUAUAUUUGACAAUACUUUAAUUAGAAGCUUACGUUCUAGAUUUGGAUUUGACAAUAUGGAAUUGUGCAUAACCGGUAGUGCACCAGUUGCUCCAGACACAAUCAACUUCUUGAAGGCAAGUUUAGGAAUUGGUAUGAGUCAGGGCUAUGGAUUAAGUGAGUCAUUUUCUGGUAUAUUGAUAGCAUUGCCUUUCCAUUCUCCUAGUGUUGGGACAUGCGGGGCAAUCAGUCCAACUGUUGAAGCCAGGUUGAGAGAAUUGCCGGAAAUGGGCUACUAUUUGAAUGACAAGGGUGGCCCAAGAGGUGAAUUGCAGUUGCGUGGACCACAAAUGUUUAGUCACUAUUUCAAGAACCCCGAGGAAACAAAGAAAACCAUUGAUGAGGAUGGGUGGUUUUCAACAGGGGAUGUUGCACAAAUUACAAAUGAAGGGUGGUUUAUCAUCUUUGAUCGAGUCAAGAACUUUUUCAAAUUGGCACAGGGUGAAUAUGUGACUCCAGAAAAGGUUGAGAAUUUGUAUCUUUCUUCUAAUUCCAUCUUGACCCAAAUGUAUGCUCAUGGAAAUUCUACCCAGUCGUUUUUAGUUGGUAUUGUUGGUGUUGAUCCAACCAACAUUGUGAAAUUCCUUGUUGAAAAGUGCAACAUCACCAAACAUGAAUUGGACACACAGGACAAGAUUCUUGAAGUGUGCAACAGACGCGAGAUAAGAACACGGAUUUUGUUGCAAUUGAACACUAACGUUGGAUCUGGUUUAAAUGGGUUUGAAAAAUUGGCCAAUAUAUAUAUUGAGUUUGAACCAUUGAGGUUGGAGAGAGAGGUUGUUACUCCAACUUCCAAGUUAAGAAGACCAAUUGCAUCCAAGUUUUUCAAACCACAGAUUGAUGCCAUGUACAAAGAAGGUUCAAUUUUGAAGGACUUGAAGUUGUAG